AUGUCUAUCGAUCAGCUUCUGGCUGCUGCAACGAUGCACACCAUGAAAGCUCAUAACAACACCCUCAUUACGCUGUUCGACAAACAAGAUUCUUCAGUUAAACACCUUCAAACAAGACUAGAUGAAGUGAAUCGUCGCGUCACAGCAGGCAAUAACCUUCUUUCAGCGCUAGUGAGAUCAACACGUGCAAACUGGUUACUGCAGCUUGGACACGAUCUGAAGGCCCUUAUGCUCAAGAUUGUAGCCGUCAAUCUCGUCACAUAUGCUGCUGUUGACAAGAUACAAGCUUCUGUCUUGGACAUCCAGCUCGUCUUGCCUACACUGACACGCCCAAUCUCGGAUCCGCGUAUAUUCUACCUCGAGGAUGCGAUCGGUCGGGUGAGUACCAUCACUUUAGACUUUAUCACAUCGUGGGAUGCACUUCUAGCUGUUCUGGAGGUGCGAUUCCAGGGUAAACCAGGUAUUAAGAAAGUACUCAAGAAAGAGUAUGUCUUGCAAAAUCGCGCAACCGGCAAAGAUGUCAACGCCAAGCAGAAGUGGGAGACUGUCUUUCGCCCUGGUCUGUGGUUCGACAUGGACAUGAUUUUUCAGAAGUCCGAUGGCGGCGAUUCAGAGGGUUCGCUAGGAACCAAAUGUAUCAGGUGUCACGCACAAUCUGAGCAGCCAAGGGGACUUGGUAGCACAUGCUUACAUUGCAAGCACGUGCUUCGAAUAGUCGACAUCACAGAUGAGGCUAGUGCCACAACGUUUGCACCAGAAGCCCCAGAUUCUCUCGUAACAGCACCACCAGUCAAGUCAGAGCGACGUAUCGUGCAUCCUGUACCGCCUUCGGGAUCAGGAAAACGUAAGAGAGAUGACGAUCCGGAUGAAGAGCCUGCAAACUUCAAUCGCGUGAGACUAAUCAAACCGAAGAAGCGUCGGCUGAACAAAGACCUGCCAGAGCAGGCCUCAAGUACCGAGAAACGCAAGCAGGAAGACUUAAUGGAAAUCGAUGUUCCAAAUGGCUCAUCGAAGCGCCACAAAUACGAAGACUCACAGGUGGAUCGUUGCGAGCAGGGCCAUUCGGCCAAGACUUACCUUCAAAAGCAACAGCAGCAGAGCGAGAUGAAAGCAUGGACAUCAUCGCAGCCAAUGACGGAUUUCAAUAGAUCAUCAGGUAGAGAGAACCCGAGCUCAUUUACGACUUACCGAGAUGGAAAAGAAGGCCCGAGUUCUAGAAGCUCUCCACCGAAGAGAAGCCCUUCAAAUCUGCCAAAGUCCGACGUGGCACGCAAAAGAUCCGUUGCAACGGAAGAGGACGCAAUCCGAGCAGGUAUACCUUCUGGGUAUUCGUACCGCAAUUGGGACCCAGAAGAGGAGCCAAUCAUGCUACUCGGUAGUGUCUUCGACGCGAAUUCGCUAGGGAAAUGGAUUUACGAUUGGACCGUCUUUUUCUAUGGCCCUACGACGCCCUUGGCGGAAAUGGCUGGCGAAUUUUGGCUGCUCUUGAUCCAGCUUGCGGGAAAGACAAAACGUGCUGAAGACAUAAUAGCAAAAAUCUUGAAAAAAGAGAGCCAGGAAAUUGUGGAGGACUUUUUGGUGUCAGCUGAACGGAUAUGGGUGCGUUUCACAAAGCUUCUGAAAAUCUGCGAGGACUAUAUGUGGAAAGCUGCAAAGGAGGAGGCUGGCAACAAGAAGCCCGUGUCUAUGGGUAAAAAUUCGGGUCGUGAAUUUGUGGAAUCCCUGUUUGGGAAAGAUCGUGAGCUGGAAAAGACGGAGGAACUAAUGAUGCGCAUGCGUUUGUGGUCUAUGAGGUUUGACUGUAAUUGCGAGGAUAUACUGAGAUACCCAAGGGCUUAG